AUGGCAACAUCUGGGCCGACCAUUGAUCGGACGCUUGAUGCCGAUGGACACAAUCUUAAGCCUGCAUUUCCAUCAGACAGGCCUUCAAUCAUUCUUUUUGUUGAUAGAUCUUCAGAAUCAUCAAAAGUUAGAGAGAGCAAAUCAUCUCUUGAGGUUCUUAGAAAGUUUGCAUGGUACAAUCAGAUUUCCUACCAGAGAGCUUCAGGACUGGAUGGCAGUAUUUCCAAGAGUUCCUCUGGACAAGCUUCUUUUGGAAUGUGGAGCAGAAGUUUGUCAGAUGCCUUGGGCCAUCGCACUCGUAAAGAUAAUCUGGUAUCUAAGAUGGUAAAAGUCAAGGAUUACAUGGCUAUUAUGAUAGUAAAUGAAGGUGAAGGGAUUUCAUUGAAAAACACUGCUUCUGACAAUCAAGGUGAUUCUGUUUAUGAUAUUUUAACACAUCUACUUCACCAGAAGGAACAUGCAUUGACGACUAAAGAAAGCAAAAUAAGUAUAUUAGCAAAGGAAGUUGGCUUUCAGCUUUUGUCUGACGAUUUUGAAGUGCAAGUAGUAGAACCAUUGUCAUCAAAUGAAAACGAUCAAUCUGUAGACAUGAUUAAGAGCGAUGCGACAAGUCCAAAGGAUCCAACUUCAGAGUUACCGAAAGAAUAUGCUGAGCCAUAUGUCAGCAUGAAUGAUGCUGAUCAUUCGGAUGCUCCUAAUAUUACUGCACUGGAUGAAGGGAAGCAACCUGAAGCUAUAGAUAUGGAAACUGAUAUUCAGCAAACUCAGGAAGCAGUCACUUAUGAAUUUGAAACUGACAAAUUUUCCACUAAGUUAGACAAAGAGGUUAAAGUUGAUAUAGGUGUUUUCAAAAGUUGUGACCAGAAAUGUUGUAACCAAGAGGAAUGGGGAUCGUUCACAAGUCAUGCUGAAAAUUCUUUCCAUUUGGAACAGAAGUCACCAUAUGCUAUGGAAUACAAAAAAAAAGUGGAAGUUGAGCGUACUGAUUGUCGCUCAAACGGAACAUAUUCGAGUGAAGUUGCAGCGAAUUUGACAAAUAUUUAUAGCCUGGAUGUUUCAGGGAAUGAUGUAGCUGAAAAUAAGAAACCCAUGAUCAUAAGCAAUGCAGAUAAGCUGCAUGAUCAGCGCCAACCUUUUUUCAGCUCGUUUUUCUUUUCUGAUGGUGGUUAUCAGCUACUACAAGCCUUGACAGGAGGGUCUAAAAUUCCAUCUUUGAUAAUACUUGAUCCAGUUCGGCAGCAGCAUUAUGUAUUUUCUGAGGAAACAGAGAUUAGCUAUAACUCUCUACUUAAUUUUGUGAACAAAUUUCUCAGUCAAAAUCUUACUCCAUAUCAGCGUCCGGCAUUGUCUACACACAGUUCAAGGGAGACUCCAAGGCCACCAUUUGUGAACCUGGAUUUCCAUGAGGCUGAUUCUAUACCCCGAGUGACAGCCAACACAUUCUGUGAACUGGUUGUAGGUUUUGAGUCCUGUGAAACAGGAAAUGUAGUCUCAUUCUCCAACACCGAAAAUUUCUUUUCUGCUUGGAAAUUGGAUGUUUUGGUGCUAUUCACUGCUUCCUGGUGCGGAUUCUCCCAGCGUAUGGAACUGGUCGUGCGUGAAGUAUAUCGAGCUCUUAAAAGCUUUAUGAAUAUGCCAAAGACUCAAGCUAAAGAUGUGGAUCCCAUGCAAAUCAAAGAUAAGAAAGAGGAUUUUGCUUUGCAUGGGCUGCCAUCUAUACUUGUGAUGGACUGCAUGCUAAAUGACUGCAGCUCAUUCUUAAAACCAAUGGGUGAGGUAAUUAUUGUAAAUUUUGUUCUUAAAUCAAUAUUUUUGUCGAUAAAAUUUUGCUCUUAA